UGCCCAGUAAUCGGAGAAUUUAACAACAAAAGCAACCGGCAAUCAGAGUAAAAUGAUCAACUAAUUGGACUUUGGCGCUCAUUCUGCGUGGAGCACUUGCGCCAAGAUGUCGUACCAAGGCUACAAGGAGCUACUGGUGGAGCAGCAGGGCAAGCUGCUCGUGGCCAAGUUCAACAAUCCGAAGAAGAAGAACUGCAUCAACAGGUUCGCCUACCAGGAGAUGACCCGCGUCCUGACCGAGGUAAACGACGACGAGGGCGUGACCAUUCUGGUUUUCACCGGCGUGGGCGACAUCUUCACGGCCGGCAACGACUUGUCCCAAUCCUCCAAAUCCGACGACAUCGACGCCUUCUUCAAGCAGUCCAAUGCGACUUUCAAGGCCAUGGUGCUGAGCUUCGUCAACUGCAGGAAGAUAGUGCUUGCCUUGGUCAAUGGACCUGCCAUCGGGAUUGGAGCCACCAUUGUGGGAUUGUGUGAUGUGGCCUGGUGCUCCGAAACGGCCUACUUCUACACGCCAUUCACCAAGCUGGGCCUGGUGCCAGAGGGCGGUUCCUCCUAUAUGCUGCCCCUGAUCCUGGGGCGCUCCAAGGCGUCGGAAGUGCUGCUGCUAAACGAACCCCUGAGCGCCCAGGAGGCCUACCAAUUCAACUUUGUGUCGCGGAUCUUUAAGGCCAGCGAAUUGGAGUCGCUGAUCUGGCCCAAACUGCGCCAGUACUCCGAGCUGCCCACGAACUCCCUUCUGCAAGGAAAGCGCCUCAUCAAGGAGGGCUUCGUGGAGAAUCUCAUCAAGGCCAACGAGGCGGAGUGCAAGCAGCUGCUCCAGCAGUUCCAGCAUCCCGAAUUCUUCCAGGCCAUCAUGGACUUUGCCAGCCGCAAAAACAAGGCGAAAUUGUAAAUAUGGUUAAAGUUUCUAUCUCAGCGGCUUUAGACGCCUAUUUUUAAACACAGGAGAUAUGAAUGGCAAAUGGUCUUUAUAGCGAUUAGAUUAGAGGCAUUUGGGGCGCUUUUUGGACCAAGCCCAUCGGUUAAUCUUUUCAACUAUUUCGGUCUGUACAUAUAUUUCGAAAGUGCUGAUUAAAAGCAAUUGAGGAACAAACAGGUAGUGGUUUGUGAGUGAAACAAGCCAGCUGCGGUUUAGAUAAUAGAAUAUUGUUUGUAAAACUAUAUGAAUUAAAAAGAUAUAUUCCUAUAUAUCUGCAUAAGUAA